CCAAAAUACAAAACCCCCCCCCCCCCCCCCCCCCCCCCCCCCCCCCCUCUCUCUCUCUCUCUCUCUCUCUCUCUAGAAGGUAACAAAUACCUUCUAACGAACACCACUUCUCUGGUUGUGAUUUCUAUAUACAUUUACUUGGGAUCACCAGCUAUGGAGUUUUUCAACAACACAAAGGCUGUAAGACUCCGGUCCAGCCACAACAAAUACCUUGUGGCCGACGACGACAAAAGAACCGUCCGACAAAGCCGGAACGAGUCGACCCGGAAAGCCCGGUGGAUCGUCGAGCCGGUCGAUGACAACCCACAAGCCAUCCGGCUCAAGAGCGUCCACGGCGGCUACCUCACGGCUUCAAGCGUGCCGUUCCUCCUCGGCUUCACGGGCAACAAGGUGCUCCAGACCCAACCCGACCACCCGCGGGACCUUUCGAUCGAUUGGGCACCCGUUCUAGAUGGGUCUCAGGUAAGGCUAGUAACGGCAUUCGGUGGGACGUGCUUGAGGGCUAACGGAGGGACCCCGCCGUGGAAGAAUUCCGUUACACAUGAUGUUCAAUCCGCUAAGCGGAGCAAGAUUUUGUGGGAGGUUGAGGCGGUGGAGAUACCGGAGAACGAGGAGCUAACGGAUGAUUUGUUCGGGUCGGAAGUUGGGUCGCCGUUUUCAAUGCACUCAAGUAGUAAUUCUCCAAUGGUGUCUAUUAAGAAGAAUAAUGCAGAUAAUUCUCUCCACUGCUCCAGGCCACCAAACAUCAGAGUUUCAUCAAACAACAAGAUUCAAAGCGUAAUGAAACUAUUCCACAAUGCAAAAGCCGUGCGCCUCCGCAGCAACCACAACAAGUACCUCUGCGCCGAAGGAGACGAAAUAUCCGUAACCCAAGACGAGAGCAGCGUUUCCAGAAACGUCCACUGGACCGUCGAAUUCUCUUCCGAAUCCGAAAACAAAAUCCGUCUCAAGAGCUGCUACGGCAAGUACCUCACCGCCUCCAAUGAGCGCUCACUCCUCGGCAUGACUGGCCGCAAAGUCCUCCAGAUGGCCGGCUGCCUCGAUUCGUCGGUGGAGUGGCAGCCGAUACAGGAAGGGAAUCAGGUGAAGCUCAGGACGCGGGACGGGAAAUUCUUACGGGCCAACGGCGGCAUCCCACCAUGGCGGGAUUCGGUUACCCAUGAUAUUCCGAACCGGAAGGCUACACAGGAUUGGGUCCUUUGGGAUGUUGAUGGGGUUGAGAAGAUUGAGUCGGAACAGUCGCCGCAACCAAAACCGGGUGUCCAGUUGGAAUCCGGAUCAAGUUCGGAGUCGAAUCAUCGGCAUCACUUCCCCAGUAUUGUAAGACAAGAGUCGAAUGACUCUGAAGGUAGUAUAGCGUCCAAGGACGCGGAUGGACGCAAGGGCGGAACCAAGGCUGAGCUAGACUAGGCUAUAGCCCAGGUGAACUUUAGAAAAACAAACAAAUUUAAAUGUAAAAUUUUUGCUCAUCAAUUUUAGCCCACCUCACUUUCUUGCGCGUUCUAUAAUUAUCUAUAUUGAAAAAGAACUUGUUAAAGAUAUCAAUUCAGAUUUUGAUAAUAAAUUAUCUCUAGCUACUCAUUGAAACAUCGUAGGGCACAAUUUCAGUAGGGUACAAAUUCAAUGAUGUAUGAUUUCUUGUAUUUUUUCUGUCAUUUUUUUUUUGAACAUUUACGUAUCUAUGUACAAGUUUGCAGGACAUUAAUUAUAAAACUCUCCUUAGUUCAUGUA